CGCUUCAGGUUGGUCACCGAAACAACGCUGUUAGCAGCGCAAACUUACAAGCAUGAAGGUCACAUCACGGCAUCUGGAGCGAGACGGGUCGGGCAAAGUGACCUUGAUUCCUGAGGAAGAGUGAGUGUUUGAAGCCGCCAAGUGGCACUUCAUGCUGAAUAUAUCCUAUGCACCGGAAUUGUGAACGAUAGUGAGGACAUGUACCACUUGUACAAUCUCAUCGAGCAGGGCGAUUCCAUCCGUGCUGCUGCUGUCCGACGGGUCCAAUCUGAAUCAAGCACCGGCUCGAUAGAGUCACACAGAGUUAAAUUGAAUCUCACUAUCCAAGUCACAAAAGUGUCCUUUGACGCUACUGGAUCCUCCGCGCCGCCAGACCCGCUAACAGGGUCGACGUCAGCUGCUAAUGGUACACAAGAUGAUGUGGCUGCAACCUCCUCAGCAGGCGCGCUGGGCGGCGGCUCGGGAGGAGAUGGUGUCACAUUGCAAGUCUCUGGAAGGGUCGUCGAAGAGAACCAGCACGUCAAGAUGGGAGCAUUCCAUACUCUUGACCUUGAGUGCAACCGACCGCUCACAAUCACAAAGGAGACAUGGGAUUCCGUGCAUCUGGAGCGGUUGCAAGAAAGUUCUGACGUAGGGCAAAGGGCAGAAGUCGGAGCGGUGGUGUUGGGAGAGGGGACGGCAAUUGUGUGCUUGCUAACGGAACACAUGACCGUCGUGCGGCAACGGAUAGACGUUCCUGUUCCUCGAAAGCGAAAAGGGUUGCCCACAUCUUCAGCGGACAAAGCGACUGGGCGAUUUUACGCGCAGGUCUACAACGCAGUGCUUAAGCUCUUGCAGCUUCCAGCCAUUCGCUUGAUUAUCCUUGCAAGUCCAGGAUUCACCAAGGACAGCGUAUACGAUUUUCUUCUGGCCGAGGCGACAAAGCGAGGCGACAAGGCGCUAAUAGGCAGCGAAUCGAAGCGUAAGCUGAUCAAGAUCCACUGCAACAGUCCACAUCUCCACUCCCUCAUGGAGGUAAUACGCAGUCCGGAGGUCAGCGCACAACUGAAGGACACCAAAUUUGCGCGCGAAGGUGCGCUGCUCGACAAAUUCAUGCGUAUGCUCUCGUCCGAUGAGCACCGCGCUUGGUACGGCGAGAAGCACGUGUUGCUCGCCGCAUCGCGGGGAGCCAUCGGCACGCUACUCAUCUCCGACGGCCUCUUCCGAUCAGCUGACCCGGCGAGGCGGAAAAUCUUCGUGCAGCUCGUAGAGGACGUGCGCGCGCUAGGUGGUGAGACAGCUAUCUUCAGCUCACUGCAUGAAAGCGGUCGUCAACUCAACGGCCUUACGGGCAUCGCCGCCAUCCUCACGUUCCCGCUCGACAUCGAGAUGGUAGAAGAGGAGGAGAGAGAAGCGGCCAAGGCGGAGGCUAGCAAGGCGAAAACCGAUGCAACGGACGAGGAUGGCCAUCCGCCACUUAGACCGAACCCGAACCUGUCUUAGCGUGUCAUAUAUGUGCUUCGUGGUCUCUUCAUAUCGUAAUGUUGCGGACCGGCCGCUCAACCCUCAUUCGUUUACAUGGAUACUUGCAGACAGC